AUGCCUGGACCUAAAGAAGCAAGCACCGACGAAAUCAAUAACUAUUUGCGUCCUCUUGUUGAUGAACUUAUGCUAUUGUAUAAAGGUAUCACAAUUGAUACAUAUAACUGCUCAGGUGCUCUGGUGCGUGCUGCUCUGUUGAUGGUUGCAUGCGACAUCCCUGCUGCAAGAAAGACGUGUGGGUUUACAUCUCACAACAGCACAUGUGCAUGCUACAAAUGCAAUCGUCAGUUUGCUCAUGUUGAUGGGACCACUGCUGUAAACUAUUUUGGGCUUAAGUUUUCGGAAUGGGUAGGCCGCACAAAAGAAGAAAAUCGCAGACAUGCAAACCUGUGGAAGAAUGCAAAGACAUUGACAGAGAGAAAGCGAUUGGAAAUUGAGAAUGGUGUUCGUUGGUCUGAGCUUCAUCGACUUGUGUACUUUGAGCCAGUGCGUGCAACCAUUAUCGAUCCCAUGCACAACCUUUUUCUCGGGACUGCAAAACGAAUGAUGGAUAUUUGGAUUGCAAACAAUUUGCUUGAUGACAAAGAUUUUGUAGAGAUGCAGGAAGAGGCUAAUAGAAUGGUACUCCCUGUAGGGUAUACGACUCUGAAGAUAAAGAUUGGAAAGAAAUUUCCGUUUAUGAAGGCAGAUGAGUGGAAAUCAUGGUGCCUGAUAUACUCUCCUGUUCUGCUUAAGACACGCCUGCGAGAUGAUCUGCUUGGCAAUUGGAUCCAUUUUGUCGAUGCUUUUUUUAUCCAAAAUAAAAACAAAUAA